GCUAAUGUCCACCGAAUCAAAAUCAAUCUCAUUUCUUUGUAAUUUUGUGCAAAAAAUCCUUUAUUUGGAUGAUGAUAGCAAAAAACAGGUCAGCUAAUGACCACUCGCGUGUGCCUACCGUGAACGUGAAUUAGAAGACACCGCUGAAACUAUGGGCACCUCCGAAUUAGACAGCCGCAACAUCACAAUUUCCAUGAGAAAAUCAGUUGAGAAUCUGGUGAUCUCGUCUCAAGACGCCAUCGGGCAGAGCAUCAGUCAAGCCCUCACAUUCUCUGGAGUCAUCACACAGCACGCCAACCAAAUUAUACAGGAAACCAGAAACGUGUCCAGGCCUCCAUCCCCAUCAGUGCGUGCCCUAGAACCCGGCUUGGACACCUUAGACAAUGACAAGGGCAGCAACUCGUCCUUGCACCUGCCGUCGAACUCGGACUCGGCGUCGGUGUCCAGCGCCACUGACCUCGUCACCGUCAUCAACGCCGGCAAGGGAGACAACCCCAAGGUACAGAUCACAUCUCCCGCAGGGGCGCGGGGGGCAGACGGAACCGCGCGUUCCAAGAAGAAGAGCUGGUACAACGCGCUGUAUCCCACCUACAAGAGCAAGUCCGACGACUUCAAGCGGCUGUUCAAGGACUUGCCUGACGAUGAGAGGCUCAUUGUAGGUCAGUAUACCGCCACAACUCUUCCAGCAGUAACUAGACAAGAAGAGCUGGUACAACGCGCUGUAUCCCACCUACAAGAGCAAGUCCGACGACUUCAAGCGGCUGUUCAAGGACUUGCCUGACGAUGAGAGGCUCAUUGUAGGUCAGUAUACCGCCACAACUCUUCCAGCAGUAACUGGACAAGAAGAGCUGGUACAACGCGCUGUAUCCCACCUACAAGAGCAAGUCCGACGACUUCAAGCGGCUGUUCAAGGACUUGCCUGACGAUGAGAGGCUCAUUGUAGGUCAGUAUACCGCCACAACUCUUCCAGCAGUAACUGGACAAGAAGAGCUGGUACAACGCGCUGUAUCCCACCUACAAGAGCAAGUCCGACGACUUCAAGCGGCUGUUCAAGGACUUGCCUGACGAUGAGAGGCUCAUUGUAGGUCAGUAUACCGCCACAACUCUUCCAGCAGUAACUAGACAAGAAGAGCUGGUACAACGCGCUGUAUCCCACCUACAAGAGCAAGUCCGACGACUUCAAGCGGCUGUUCAAGGACUUGCCUGACGAUGAGAGGCUCAUUGUAGGUCAGUAUACCGCCACAACUCUUCCAGCAGUAACUGGACAAGAAGAGCUGGUACAACGCGCUGUAUCCCACCUACAAGAGCAAGUCCGACGACUUCAAGCGGCUGUUCAAGGACUUGCCUGACGAUGAGAGGCUCAUUGUAGGUCAGUAUACCGCCACAACUCUUCCAGCAGUAACUAGACAAGAAGAGCUGGUACAACGCGCUGUAUCCCACCUACAAGAGCAAGUCCGACGACUUCAAGCGGCUGUUCAAGGACUUGCCUGACGAUGAGAGGCUCAUUGUAGGUCAGUAUACCGCCACAACUCUUCCAGCAGUAACUAGACAAGAAGAGCUGGUACAACGCGCUGUAUCCCACCUACAAGAGCAAGUCCGACGACUUCAAGCGGCUGUUCAAGGACUUGCCUGACGAUGAGAGGCUCAUUGUAGGUCAGUAUACCGCCACAACUCUUCCAGCAGUAACUAGACAAGAAGAGCUGGUACAACGCGCUGUAUCCCACCUACAAGAGCAAGUCCGACGACUUCAAGCGGCUGUUCAAGGACUUGCCUGACGAUGAGAGGCUCAUUGUAGGUCAGUAUACCGCCACAACUCUUCCAGCAGUAACUAGACAAGAAGAGCUGGUACAACGCGCUGUAUCCCACCUACAAGAGCAAGUCCGACGACUUCAAGCGGCUGUUCAAGGACUUGCCUGACGAUGAGAGGCUCAUUGUAGGUCAGUAUACCGCCACAACUCUUCCAGCAGUAACUAGACAAGAAGAGCUGGUACAACGCGCUGUAUCCCACCUACAAGAGCAAGUCCGACGACUUCAAGCGGCUGUUCAAGGACUUGCCUGACGAUGAGAGGCUCAUUGUAGGUCAGUAUACCGCCACAACUCUUCCAGCAGUAACUAGACAAGAAGAGCUGGUACAACGCGCUGUAUCCCACCUACAAGAGCAAGUCCGACGACUUCAAGCGGCUGUUCAAGGACUUGCCUGACGAUGAGAGGCUCAUUGUAGGUCAGUAUACCGCCACAACUCUUCCAGCAGUAACUAGACAAGAAGAGCUGGUACAACGCGCUGUAUCCCACCUACAAGAGCAAGUCCGACGACUUCAAGCGGCUGUUCAAGGACUUGCCUGACGAUGAGAGGCUCAUUGUAGGUCAGUA